GAGAGUCGACAAGUUCAAGCAGGGAGCAAAUUGAGUCGAGUCGCCGUCCAGGUCGGACGCGUUGUUCAGAGUGCAGCAGCCCCUCGAGAGGAGCAGACGUGUGGCCAGUGUCCGUUGGCAUCAAAUAUGAGUGUGGCGACCCUUUCUGUGAGCAUGGAGCAGCGACGAGAUGUGAGUCGUCAUCAGCGUGCACGCACCUCGCGUUGUCUCUUCGACCGGCCGAAUAUGGAAGAACUUCAGAGGAAGUACGAAGAGCAGAGUCGCGAAGAGAUGCGACGCUUCAAAGAAGAAUGGGGCUUCGACCCCGAGCGGGGCUGUCCCGUCGUCGGACAUGUGCGCUUCCAGUGGGAGCCAAUGCAGCCCGAUACCAAGGAGCAGCCCCAACCAGCAGCCAGCAACCAACAAGAGGUUGCGGCUGAUCCCAGUCCGAGUCCCGAGGAACAGCCCAGUCAGUCACCCAAAUUUAACACCACCAGGCCGCUGAAGCAGUCCUCAAUGAAAGACUACUUUGCUGAGAGAAAGCGCUUCGGAGAGGCGUCGUCGGCCGUCGGCAAGAAGCGACGCCAGUCGGAGGGCAGUUCGUCUGACGAAGCAACCUCCAGCAGCAGCAGCAGCAGCAGCAGCAACAGCAGCCAGCAGGUCAACUGAGAUGCUGAUCUCCUCCCUCGGCUUUCCCAGAUCUCGCAGCAGAGGCAGGGGGACUCCCUCGUUGAUUAAUUAUUAAUUAUUUUAUUAUUUUAUUUCCAAAGAUUUAUUUGCCUUAUUGAUUAAUUAAAAUAUUUAUCCAGUGUAAAUAUGAUGUGAAGAAUAGGCAAAGGAUACAAUGUAUUGCGUUAUCACGAAGAUGAGUGUCAGCGAAAAUUGAAGAUGUUUAUGUUAUUAGUACAAAUACGAGCUGAAAGAGAACUGUAAAUCUCUCUUUGUAAAUAGGGGGGGUAAAAUGAAAAGAAGAUGGUGAAGAAGAAUCAUUCUUGUGGAUUUUGUUUUGGCCAGCUUAACAGAAUAAUUGAAAGUCUGUGAUUCCUAGAUCUCAUUCAAGCCAAUCUUUAGUAAGACCAACAUCGAGAGUGCAAUUGCUGCGCGCGCUCUCACUGAGUGGCUUAAGUAAAAGAGAAAAAUGUCGGAAAAAUUAUGAUAGAAAGUGAAUUCAAAUUAAUUAGAGUUUAUGUAAAUAGGAUAAUAUAUAUUGGAAAUGCAUUCAAUAAACAAGUGUUGGCAAGGAA